UCUAAUCUGCAAAAUUUGCUUCCUGUCUUGAGUGCAGCUUAUGCAGUGCAGAGCUAUCACUCACUCCCCCACCCUUUCCUCCCCAAGUAUAUAAGUACUGGUCUUUUAGUUGGGAGUGUCACAUAAGGAAAUACCAUCCAGGUACUUACAGUCUACAUCUAAGCAAGUCUCUCUGCCUCCAAAGAUGCCUAAGUGUCCCAAAUGCCAGAAAGAAGUCUAUUUCGCUGAAAGGGUGACCUCCCUGGGGAAGGACUGGCAUAGACCAUGCUUGAAGUGUGAAAAAUGCAACAAAACCUUGAGUCCAGGCUCACAUGCAGAGCAUGACGGAAAACCCUACUGCCAUAACCCGUGCUAUAAUGCACUCUUUGGGCCGAAAGGUUUUGGACGUGGGGGUACUGAAAGUUUCGACUACAAAUAAACAUUGGGUUGAGUUUGUCUUCACUCACAGCAGCGACUGGGCAGCUGAAGAGGAAAGCCAAGAGAAAUUUUGAAAACUUUUUAAUUAAAAAUUCUAAUUAACAAUUUGAAUGUCUCUACUAUUAACCUUCAUUGACUGUAUACUAGACUGUAUACUAGUGUGUAACCAGUGUAUGGAAUGUACACUGGAACCAGUGUGUAACUAAAUGCAAUUUUAUAUUAUAUGUAACCAGCUCUGCUGUCUACCCAGAGUAUAAAAAAAUGUUGUACCAAGGCAGGUGGAAUUAUUAAACAGUGAGCUAUUACUAUCAUAGCAUCAUGGAAUUAUACAGUACAGAAGGAGGCCAUUCGGCCCAUUGUGUCUGUCCUGGCUCUUUGAAAAGAGCUACCCAAAUCAAUCACACUCCCCCGCUCUCUUCCCAUAACCCUGCAAACUUGUCCAUCCCAAAUAAUUCUCUAACCACACUUCUCUGAGACAGCCUGCUGAGGUGAAUCUUUAGUGAGAGAUAUUCCAUGCUGUUUUCCUGUUAGUUUGUAUUUUUAUGGAUAAAGGUGGCAAUAAAAAAAAUUCCUGUUCAUGA